CCGGUGUCACUAGGUCAGGAAUUGUGAAUUUAGGGCAAAAAUGGCGAGAGAAAAAUCUAGCAAGGACAAUGCACAAGCCCUCUUCCAUUCUCUUCGUUCUGCGUAUGCUGCCACUCCUGUCAAUCUCAAGAUCAUUGAUCUAUAUGUGGGUUUCGCAGUCUUCACUGCUCUGAUUCAGGUGGUUUACAUGGCCACUGUGGGAUCAUUUCCUUUCAAUUCCUUUCUUUCUGGGGUGCUUUCUUGUGUUGGGACAGCUGUCCUUGCUGGAUCUACCACCCGAGCGAGCUUUUGCAGAUUUUGUUCUUUGCAAUUUGGUGCUCCAUUUGGUGAUCAUGAAUUUCCUUGGAUAAAAUUGUAUCACCGGUUUUGCUGGACUGCUGUUUUCUCAGCUUCUGGCAAUGAUUCAUAUUUAUAACAUGAACUGAAAAUUUUGCUUACGGCAAAGUAGUAGCCUCUACAAUUCUUAAUUGGUGUUCACUUAAUUGGAGGGGUGCAACCUCGUGUG